CGAGAUCAUGCAUGAGUUGUGAACUGUGAAAUUGUACAAAGCUAAACAGUAUGCAAUGAAAUUGUGAAACUCAGAGAAAAAUGCCAGCAAAGCAGAGAUAGAGCUUGACCUUCCUUUCCCCUUAAGCAACAGGAGUAACCGACGAUUCUCUCUCCACAUUCCACAUCCCUUUCUUUGUGAGAAUAACUAAAGGAGCGUUUGGCAGAUUAGGGUUUGUUAAUUAUUUACGAAUACUGUCUUUCAGAGCCCCGGAAGGAAUUUACGAAUGAUCUGAUCCCUUAUAGACUGCGUGGAAACCACGAUGGAGUUGAUGCAACAAUUUGUUGUUUUGGAUGGGCUUCACAGUGGGUUUUCCUUGUAUUGUGAUCUAAAAAUAGGGGCCGAAAGAUCAUUGCUUGACAUGGAUUUUUCGUUGUGAUGUAUAGGCGCCGAAACAUAGUAUCAGAUCGUGUAUGCUGAUGGGAAAUCUUUAGAUUUUGAUAAAAAUCACACAUCAGAAGUGUUAAGACUUGCAGGGCCGGUGUGGGCUAUUUGAGAUAUAGGUAUUGUAAAUGGAGGGUCGGGCAAUUCUUCACGAUGAACCUUUUGCGAAUUUGGUCAGGGAAGAAGAUGAGGAAGAUUUUCGGAGUUGUUGCGAGGAUGAGGAAGUAUGGAAGGAGACUGAAGAACCUGUGAAGGAAGAGUCAAAAAACGAUCUUGAUGAAUUUUCGGUGAAGAUGUUCUUCAAGGGCAUAUCGAUAGCUGAUGUUGGGGACUCUGGUUCUGGGAUUUCUGGAAUUGGGGUGGUCAUGGAAAGAUCAGACAAUGCUCCUUUUCUUCGGGUGCAGAAAAAGCUCGAUUUUUAUGUUGAGGAAUCUGUCGCUGAUUACUUGGCUCUGAUGGAUGGUCUGGUGGAGGCUUCCCUAAACAACAUCCGUCGGGUAUAUGCUUUUACCGAUUCUCAGCUGUUGUAUGACCAGAUAACCCGUGACGAAAAGCAUGAGAUCCCGCUUCUGAUAGCACUUAAGGAAAGGAUUCUAGAACAUGCCGAUAAUCUUGAAGCUUUUGUUUUGAAACUUAUCCCCAGUGCUGAUCUGGAGCAGCCUUUGCAUUUAGCCCAAGUGGCAAUCGGUGUUGUCUCUUUUGCUUCCCAGGGUAAAUUGCUUGAGAACUGUUCCAUUUGUUGUGAGGACAAGUUAUCACUGAUGAUGAUGACCAUGAAAUGUUCUCACAAGUUUUGCUCGAAUUGUAUGAGAACCUAUGUUGAUGGAAAAGUGCAGUCCUCUCAAGUCCCAAUAAGAUGCCCUCAGUUGAGAUGUAAAUAUUACAUCUCCGCCACUGAGUGCAAAUCGUUUCUUCCACUAUCUUCCUAUGUAUCUUUAGAGAGAGCACUUGCAGAAGCAAAUGUCCUCCACUCAGAUAGAAUCUACUGCCCAUUCUCAAAUUGUUCUGUCCUGCUAGAUCCUCGUGAAUGUUUGUCAGCUAGAGCAAGCUCAUCAAGUCAAUCAGGUAAUAGCUCUGUUGAGUGCCCAGUCUGCCAGAGGUUUAUCUGUGUGGAAUGUGGUGUUCCUUGGCAUUCAUCAAUGAGCUGUGAAGAGUACCAGAACCUUCCAUUGGAGGAGAGAGAUGCAGCAGACAUUACUUUGUAUCGUUUGGCACAAAGUAAAAGGUGGAGACGUUGUCAGCAAUGCCGCAGGAUGAUUGAGCUUGCUCAAGGUUGCUAUCACAUGACCUGCUGGUGUGGGCAUGAGUUCUGUUAUUCUUGUGGAGCAGAAUAUAGGGUUGGCGAACAGACCUGUCAGUGUGCCUUUUGGGAUGAAGGGAACUGUGAAGACUAUACCCAGUCUAUGCAAGAGUCGGAACAAUGGGCUUGGGAGACUUUCAAUUCGCUGCCUAUGAUUAUGGAUGCAUACUCAGACCAAGAAAAAUCACAUCUGGCUCUGAUCCAAAGGUUCCUUGCCGGAGGAUUUAGUUUGAGUGACCAUCACCCUUACCAAUCCCCACCUCGCUGUACGGACUCCUAUGUAGAUGCCAUGAAGGAUCUCCAUCAACUUCCUUGGCUUGAAAGGUUUGUUUCUGUGAUAAGCGAUAACUAUUAUGAAGACUAUAUCCAAUGAAGCAAAUACGGGAUUCCUCUAGAAAUCAGAAAAUAAGCUGCUUUGCUUCAAGGGAGGGAAAGAAUUCCUCACUCUAUUCACUCUCAUUUUCAUUUACAGCAGCAUGCAGGAAAGUGCUCUUUCUUCUCUUUCUACGUAGGUUUUUAGUCAUUACACGCUUGAAAAUUGUGAUCCUUGCAUAAGAUGGAGGGGAAGAAUUUAUGCUCGAUCAAUUACUUUCUCCUCGAAAGAAAUGAAAUAGGAUAGAGAACACUUCUUAUAUCAGUAAUUUGAAAGAACAUUUACGAUGUCACUCAAAAGCAAAGCCAGUGAUAGAUACCUUUCCAUUCUGUUGCGCAUGUACAUGUAUAGGUGUUGUGUGUACUGUGUAGGUGUUGUGUGUACUGUGUACCGUGUAGGUGUCGUGUGUACCGUGUAGAUGAGCAGCAAUGUUGUGGAUAAUUGUUUUAAAAAUGUGGGUCUUCUUCCUUAUUUUUCAAGUUGUUGCUGAAAGUGUGCUUUUGCCAAAGUUUUUGGACCAAAUGGCAUAUUUAUCAUGAUUUAGAGGUGGGAGGAUCGUAUGGCGGUUUCCCCCCUCCAGCGUACAGUAGUGUACCUUUGUUUUA